AUGGCUUCCCUGAGUCAGACUAAUGAAAUUCCUCAUCAGACCCUUUUGGAACUGGUUGAAGUUGGUGGGAAUGUUACUCUGCAUUGUCCAGUUCCAAAGACGGGGCGCACCCACUUCUAUUGGUACAAGCAGCCACUUGGACAUAUGCUCCAGACAGUUGCUUCAGGAAGCUUGACUAAACAAAAACUGAGUGAACAGUUUAACAACAGUCGCUUUAAUUUAACAGCGGAGGAUUCUCAGUACUCUCUUACUAUCAAGAAUAUCAGUAAAGAGGAUGAAGCAACAUAUUUCUGUCAAAGUGGGACUGCAUAUGUAAAGCAUUUUGCUGCAGGGAUCUACUUGGUUGUAAACGAUCAUGAAUGUCGAACACUGACUCAUGUCAGACAAACUCCAGAGACAACAUCAGUCCAGGAGGGGGACACAGUUAAUCUCCACUGUUCUCUUCUCUCCAAGACGUCUGUAAACUCUGGUCAAUGUCCAGCUAAAAACAAUGUGUACUGGUUCAGAGUCGGAUUCGGAGCCUCCCAUUCAAGCUUUAUUUACACUAACAAAAACAGCAGUGAUGCUCAGCAGAGGAGCUGUGUCUACCGACUGUCAAAAACUAUACAGAACUCCUCAGAUAGUGGAAAAUAUUACUGUGCUGUGGUCACAUGUGGGAAGAUCUUGUUUGGAGAAGGAACUAAAGUGGAAACAUGUAAGUCAAAUAAAUUCUAUUUAUUUGUUCUUGUACUUAGUGUGCUGUUGGCGUGCUGCGUGACUCUAAUUGUUGCUCUUAUUGUCUACAUAAAACGAUCAGUUGUUGGACAUUGUGAAGAAACGCAACUACUGCAAAGACUGAGGGAGGAAUGGUUACUUCGACAUCCCCAGUCCACACUAAGUGCUAAACAGCUAGUAGCUCAGUGUUCCAACAUCCGCAAACGGCAGCUGCUAUCACAGCUUGAGAUUGACGAAGCACAACACAAACGCUACGGCGAAGAGGAGGAACCUGGAUGUCAGAGAGGGCGGGGCUUAACUACAAGCCCCCGCCCAGAGAGGGAGUAUGCAGCCACAAUGACGGAAACAGAGCUGAACGAGGCUGCAACGGACCUGAGAAAUAGAAUCAUAACAGGAAUGACAGACAGACCUCCUCGGCGCCAAUUACAACGGCUGAGUGAAAUUGAGAAUGUGAAGCAGAUGAAAGAGUCUCAGGUAUGA